AUGGCUGCAAUGAGCACCCGCUCCGAGGAAGGAAGCGAGGUCUUCCAGGAAGGAGUAGUGGACUGGGAGCUGAGCCGACUGCAGCGACAGUACAAGGUGAUGGAUGUUGAAAAGCGGGCCUACAACAGGGAAGUCCACCAGCGCAUCAACAAGCAACUCGAGGAGAUCCAGCGCCUGCAGGACGUGCGGAACAAGCUGCAGGUGCAGAUUGGCAUCGCCCAGAGCCAGGUCAAGCGCCUGCGGGACAGCCAGAGGCUGGAGAACAUGAGCCACCUGCUCAAGUGCCGGGCCCAGGUGCAGGCCGAGGUCAAGGAGCUGCAGGAGCAGACCCGGGCCCUGGACAAGAAGAUCCAGGAGUGGGAGGCCCGGCUCUUUGCCAGCGGCAAGGACCCCAGGGCCCCCGGGGUCUUCCUGGACCAGAAGGCCAAGACCCGGAAGAAGAUCAAGAUCGUGGAAGACCAGCUGGACAGGGUCACCUGCCGCUUCGACAUCCAGCUGGUCCGGAACGCAGCCCUGCGGGAGGAGCUGGACCUGCUGCUGGUCCAGAGGAACCACUAUCUGAACAUGAACCGCAAGCUGCACAAGGAGAUGCACUUGAUGCGGCACACGCUCAGCGCCCUCACCGUCUCCUCCAUCUCCGCCUACUCCAUCCGGGAGGAGGCCAAGACCAAGAUGAGCAUGCUGCGGGAGCGCGCCGACAAGGAGGGCGUCCAGAACGAGACGGAGGUGCAGAUCCUGCAGCGCCAGAUCGCGCACCUGGACCAGCUGCACAGCUUCCUGCAGCUCAAGAACCACGACCGGCAGGCGGACCCGGUGGUCCUGGAGAAGCGCGAGAAACGCGCCGAGAGCCUGCGGAAGACGUCGCAGGAGAGGCUGGUGCUGCGGUACGAGGACACCCUGAGCAAACUGUACCACCUGACGGGGGAGAGCGACCCGGAGCUGCUGGUGAACAAGUACCUGGAGAUGGAGGAGCGCAACUUUGCCGAGUUCAACUUCAUCAACGAGCAGAACUCGGAGCUGGAGCGUCUGCGGGAGGAGAUCCGGGAGAUGCGGGAGGCCAUGAAGACGGCGCGCACAGGCCACCUCGCCCGCCGCUCGCUGAAACAGGAGCUGCAGGCUUCGGUGCUGGAGCAAAUAGCGGAGUUGCGCUCUGACGCCGACAGCCUGGAGGCCCGCGCCCAGAAGCUGAGGGAGCAGGUGGAGAAGUUCAAGGCCGCCAUCCAGCAGCUCUUCGCCAAGGCCCGCUGCGACAGCACCAUCAUAAACGACCUCCUGGGGGUCAAGACCUACAUGCGGGACCGCGACAUCGGCCUCUUCCUGAGCCUCAUCGAGAAGCGGCUGGUGGAGCUGCUGACGGUGCAGGCCUACAAGAACGCCCAGAGCUUCACCAUGUCCAGCUUGUCCAUCGCCGCCCUCACGGUGCUGGGCCAGAGCCCCGAGGACCAGCCCAAGAAGGUGGCCCCGCCCCAGCUCCCCGACAACCUGGAGGAGCCCCCAGGCUUUGAGGGCAAAGAGGACUAUCCUCUGAGCAAGGAGGAGCUGCUGAGCUACGUGAUGAAGUCGAUGGAGGCGCGGGAGCUGGUGCGGGAGCAGCACCAGAAGGAGAUGAUGGAGAUGGCCAAGAAGAUGGACAGCAGCCCGCCCCUCCCGCUCCCGGCCACCCACAGGGCCAACUCGGGCACCCCGCUGGCCCUCUCCCAGAGCCCGAGCACCGGGCCCCCGUCGGUCCUGAGCCACCGGGCGAACGGCAUCCUGGUGUCCAGCCGCCCCCCCAGCUCCAACGUGGGCCAUGUCACCUUCGGCGAGCCCGACGAGGUGGGCUCGGCCAGCCAGGUCUUCACCAGCGGCCGCGUGGCCUUCCGGCCCGUCAGCUCCAGCAGCUACCUGGGCUCCACCGGCUACCUGGACUCCAGCGGCGGCGGCGCCGAGAGCGCGGGCGGCCUGCCCAGCAAGGGCACCGGCUCCGAGUCCAGCCCCGGCCCCACCUCCAGCGCCGGCCCGGAAUCCGUGGCCAGCCAGGAGUCCUGA